UCAGGAAGCUAAACACAUUUCACAUACAGCUACACGAACAGAUGAAAUGCCCCUUGCUGGUAAGGAGGGUAACGAGAACAGGAAUAGCAAUCUGCAAUUCGGGGAGGCAUUUAACCAUAGUGAUGCUGAUGAAAAUACUGAAAAGAAGCUCCCAGAGGAGGCUAGUAAAACUGAAAAACAUUGCGAAGGGGAAAUAUGCAAUGUCUUAUCCGAAGAAGAUUCAAAAAGAACCCAAAAUAAACACUCUGACAACACAAAAUGUACGACGGAGCAGACACCAAUCGACCGGGAAAUCGUUAAGGUUUGCUGGGAUAGAGCGGAUGAGUAUGUGAAUCAGAUCAUAAAAGCUCAGGAUGCUGACAUAGAUCACAAUAUAAAGGAAUCAGACAUUGAGUGCAAGGAAAAGGUCUCCAAAAGAAACUUCUACCACAAGGCAGAGGCAGAAGUUAGACCCGAUAUUUGCUACACCUCCGAGGAGCAACCUUCCGAAGAGACAAAUGAUUACUCUGACAGCAACCCCAAGGAGGAAAUACGCUCUGAGAGUGAUCCGGAUACGACGUCUUGUACAAGCGAAAAAUCUACUGACGCUUCCUUGAGCUACAGUCAAGUUUACAGCGAGAUCUACAAAGAGUCCAAAAGGCGUCAAGAGAGGGCAGACAGACUCUGUCGUGUGUUCAAUCUGAAUAAAUCCAGAUGGGGAUAUUCAUCGGGGUAUCCCGAAGAAUGGGCACAUCGAACUGAAGAAGAUUCAGAGCCAUACACAGACAGAAGUUGGGGUUCCGAGACCUGGAGCGAUGUGGCACACUAUCCUAGAGCGACAAAUGUGAGCAUCAAACCAAACGUCAGGGGUUUCUUAGAAACGUUUCAUAGUCCCGAAUGCAAGGAUCAGCAAAGGGAGCAGAUAGAGGAGACAGCCACAAAUAGUUCUGUCGAUUCUGCUGAUACACCUGAAGAUUCCAAUGAUCAGAAGCCACUGAGGAUCAUAAGGGAGUAUGAAAACAAGGAUCCCUUAGAUGGCGUGAGAAGCUCCUUUAGAAGAUCGAUAGACAGCGAUCUAUCGGUAGAGCUUGAUUCAGAACAGAUUGGAGAAUGUAAAGUGCAAACGCCUGAACGUUCACCAAGGGAAUUAGUUAGCAGUUCGAGCUGCUCACCAAGAAGCCUGGAAGAUUUCCACGCAGGACCAAGUCAAGUACAUUAUGAAGUCAGGUCUCAAAAGGAUCAGAAAGAGAUGACAGAUGACACCAGCUAUCCAGCCUGCAGCGAGAGUUCCACAAGAUCAACGAUAUCCCGAUCUUCUCUACCAAGAGAUAAUCUCUGCUGCGGCACACGCCAUCAUCGUCAUCGUCAUCGUCGGCGUCGGCGUCGCGUUAAAUGUGUGCCCAAGAAAUAUCAAGAUCGUGGAAAUAGUCCCAUUAACAUUAAGAUGGCACGAUGCAGCAGCAUCUCGGAGAAAGUUGACAAUAAAAAUGAGGGAAGUCAGGAUUGCUUAAUUACCAGAUCGAUGGCCUCCAUUGGAACACAAUAUCAAAGCGAUUGUGAGGUGAAUGCGCCGAAGACAGCACGAAGUCCCUUGGGUCUAAGGAUCUACAACGCCGACGAGGCGUUGAUGGAAUUGCCAGAUAUCAAGGGUUAUGUGGUCAUGGAUGAGAAUUCAUGCUUCUUGGACCUAUCGGCCUCCGCCAAUGAGGAUCAAAUCCGAGCUAAGCUCUUGGCAGCAGCUCUGACCACCAGGAGUGGAAAUAAGUGCAGAAGAGACAGAAUAACUCCCACCGAUGACACCUGCCAUCGGUCGAUACAGAACUGCAUGCCCAGUGUAAUAUUCAAGCGACGCUCUGAGCCGGUGAAGGAUAUAUUCAAUAAAGAUCGCUUGUAUUGGAUGGCCGAGAGCAUUCUGAGGGCCUCUGAGCAAAGAUAUCAAGAUAUUCCAAUGAAAUACCCAAUAUCCAGAGGAUAUGAUGCUGAUCGAUUGCAUGUUGAUCGCGAAAUUCGGUGUUUGGAGUUCAACAAAAAGUUCCAGCAGCAGCUGCAGGCUCUCGAGGAGAUUUUUCAUUGAAUCGUUGUGGUUUAAAUAUAUUUUGAACAAUUACGUGACAUCGAA